CUAAUGCCUCGCUCAAGCAAAGUGUCUAACCGAUCAUUUUCACAUGGUAAACAAGGUUAGUUGAAUGAACCAAUCAUUAUUACUUUAUAGAGAGAGAUUGAUAAUUACACCAGAAAAGUAGAAAUUGAAAGAAGGUUUCAUUUAACAGAUGCAUUAUUUUAGAAAGCUUUUUAAUUUGGAAUAAUAGCACAGGUAGUUAUAAGAGGAAGUGAAAAGCAAAGUCUAAUCUGUAAAGAAAUUGAAAAUGGACUCUAUUAAAAAGGUUUUGAACAAAGAUCAGGCAGAAUCUAAAAGUCUAUAAUUUUAAAUAGAUUAAGUAAAACAUUAAACAAAUUUAGUUUGAUAAAAAAUUGUGUAAGUCUGUAGCCAAUAUUGAAAUUAUGAAAUCAAAUAUUGAUAUCAUAAGAAAAGAACGAAAUUAACUGUUAUAAGCCUUGAAAGAAAUUGAGUAGAAUCAAGAGUAAAUUCAUAAUCGAUUAAUUUCAACACAAUCGUAGGCUCAAAGAAAGGUGCACGAUGCUUGUAAUAUUAAGAAAUAUAGCUAGAAAUUACCUAAUAGCAAAUGUUCGAUCUGAAAACCAAGAAUGAAAUUGAUAAAAGUGAGUUUUAAGAAAAGUUUGAUAAACUGAAGGCUGAAUUAAAAGAGAAAUAAGAAAAAUAAAAUGAAAAAGACAAAAUAUCAAAAACCAAUAGACUCAAAGCCACCAAUUACUCUACUUUUGAUACUGGAACAUUAUUAAAACGAAGGUUAUAGAGAAUUAUUGCCAACAAUAAGGAAAAAGUUAAAAUGAUUGAUACCUACUAAAGAAACAUGAGAAUUAUAGAUGAAGCAUUUAAUCAAAUUAAAGAAGCAACUGGAUUAACUGAUAUUGAGGAAAUCAAAAAUAACUUUAUAAAAAGCGAAGAAUAGAACUAUUCAUUAUGGACAUAUGUUGAUGUGCUAAACCAAGAAAUAGAUGCACUAGAAGAUGCUAAUGAAGAAUUAAAAGAAAAAUGUGAAGUUUAAGAAAAAGAAAAUAAGGAAAGAGAGAGAAUCCUAUAAGCUACUCCUGAUGGUGAAAGAAAGAGAAAAUAAAUCCAAAGAAUUAUUGAUUAAAAGUAAAAUACCAAAUAUCAUAAAUAGAUAAAAUGAGAUUGAUUAAUUUAGUAACAAAUUAUCAUAGAUCUAACCAAUCAUUGAGAGCAUUUUACAUAAAAUGAUUAAAACUAAGUUUAACCAAGAUCCGACUAGAGCUUACACAUUCUAAGGAGGAUUUCAAUUGAAUGAAUCUAAUAUUGAUCAAUAUUUAGGUGAAAUUUCUUUAGUUAUUUAUUAGCUGAAUUGGAAGGCUAUAUAAAUAUGCUAGUAUUAUUUAAAUCGAACAAAUAAAAAAAAGAUGGUUUAAAUUAAAAUAAAUUUAUAACUGGAUUACUAUUAGAAGAAUUACCCACAAAAGAGUUUAAGUCAAAACAAUAAUUGAAUUAAUCAUCAGUGUUACCAUCUUAGGGAAAUGAAGAAGGUUCAGACUUCUAGAAGUUUCUAAAUUAUACUGAGUUCCAUGAUAUGGCCAAACAAGCUCUUAAGGAGGGCGAUGGAUAAAGUAUUUAAUUGCAUUAUUUCAUGUAGAUUUCGCAUCAACAAAGAAGAAUAAAAAAUGA